AUGCUCAAUCCACGUGGGAAAGUUAUGGCAAGGCCAAUUCCAAAUCUUGAGCGGGCCUUGAUGGUAGCGGCUCAGAAUGGCCACGCUGCUGUUGUGACCGCACUACUUGCUUUUGCAACAGAGCUUGACCUUUCCCUCUCCGAUAUCAUGGAUAGAGAUGUCGUCAACAAGGCCAUCGACGGUGGCCACGCCGCUGUCAUCCAGGCACUAGGCGCCGCCUACCCGAAGGUCAUCGAGAUCCGCAUCGGCCACGGCCACCAGCGGCCACUCUACGAGGCCGUGAGGCGAAGGAAACCAGAUGUAGCUGCCGCGUUGCUCGAACUUGGAGCAGAUCCGUUGCAUCCCGUUGCGCCGGGCUACAGGAAACUCGGAAACUUCCGCUCGUCUCUGAUGUCUUUCGCUGCCAUGAAUGAGGGUCCGCGCACGACUGAGAUGCUGUUGGAGCGCGGUACGCCUAUAGCGGGUACUGCUGCGUUGCAUACCGCUGCAAGCUUCGGUCAGCUCGAUACUAUGCGACUGCUGAUAAAGCAUGGCGCAGAUGUGGAGGAGGUUGUUCCGGGCUGGAAGGGUAGGACGCCGAUGCAUUUCGCCGCUUGGACUGGCAAAGUCGAUGCCAUGAAACUGCUAGAGGAACAUGGCGCACGCAUAAACUCGAAGGACGAGGAUGGAAAGACGCCUAAGCAACUGCUGGGCGCGCGGCAUGCUGCUUAG